AUGAUCAAGAUUAGAGCGUUAACUAAGAAGCUGUCCAACGGGCUGGAUGGUUCACAGUCCCAGAAGAAGCGGUCUGUGUCAGACUACGAUAGGAAGCACUCGUCCUCCAAACUCACCCGUUCGAGCAUGCGCCGAAGAGCCAUUUCGUCGACUCGCGAAAUAAAUACCGAACUCCCACCUCUGCCAAACCAGGAAUUCACAAUCUCUGCCAAUACAGAUUCUCCCAAGGACGGCCCAUUUGCUGCCAAAACACAGGGAUGUUUCUACAUAUACGACUCCAGCAUAUUUCGGGAACCUAAGGAAGGUGAGAGUGCGAUAGAUCCGGAAUUUCACAUUUUUCAGAAGCCAAACGGCGUAAACCCUAAAUCUGCAAGAGAAGUUAUUCAUGCACUGGUAGAACAAUUCAAAAGUACGCUUCUGCGGGACCCCAAAGGUGAUGGCGAAAAGAACAUCACCAACAUCAAAUCUGCCAUGGAGAUUUUCAAACCCAACUUGUCGCACUAUGUGCCACAAGAAAUCAAGGAAACCACGCAAGUGUUGGAGUCGCUGUUCCCGCGCGACGGAUGCUCAUUAGUAGGCGAUGCGCUGGCUGCAGAGAUUGAAAAUAACCUAGCACACUCUAAGAGUAAAAUCAUCCUGUCUCUGCGCAUAAUAUGGUCAAAAUUGCCCCGAGGCAUCAUACCAUGGGAGUCUUACCUAAAAUUUUGCACCGUGGAGUCGAAGCAGAACUACUCCAAAAUGUGCUUUAUGAAUUUCAUGCCUCAAGCUCUACCUGAUUCAGACUACCUUUGCUGCGCGUUCGACUUCAUGAAGCUCCUUGUAGCUAUCAUCUCAAAAGUUGAUCUUGUUGUUGACAAAGUGGCUCAAAUAGACCUGAUCUUCACGGCUGCCCAAGUGUGCUUCCGUAAGACACCUGAGCUUAUGAACUAUAUCGACUACAAAUCUGAAUACAAUGGCGACAGCAUUGCGUUAGCCAAGCUAUAUCGGGCUCGAGGUGAUGCACUUUACAGACUAUUCAUCUCCUAUCUAAAUUCGUUGGCGGAGGAAGGUGAGAUCAAAGAUUUUUACUUGAUAGACAAUUUCCGAAUCCACGAAUACCCUCCAAAGCCGUACAAGCCCAUGACGCAACGAGCAUUAACAUUAUCAAUUCCUCAACUUUGGAAUCCCGAUAUAAAUAACUUUAACGAAUUGAUAAGGGUGGCGGCCAAGGCACAAUCACGAUCCUAUUCUUCAGACCAGACCUUUUCCAAACUUGAAAACUCAUUUCUGGAUAAAUUUGAGGAAAAUCCUUACAAAAUUGUCAGUACGUUGUUUUCAAGAUCUUCGAAGCGUUAUUUGGACAAGUUUGAUCCGGCGUUCGAUGCCGAGUAUUUUAAAAAAUUCACGAAAAAAGGCGGAUUCAAUUCCACAUUGGGUCCUGCAGACCAACAACCUGUCGCAACUUGGAUUAAUUCUUGCAAAGAGCGCGGAUUUAAUGAUUUUCUUUCAGUCCUUGAUGACAAUAACCACGGAGAGGGUACAUUGGCAUUAGGAUUUAGCUUUCCAAAUUCAACUCAUGACGAAAUCAAUCUGCCACCAUUGCGUGUCUCUAAAGUCGACAUUUCUGAGUAUUUCAUCUCUUCCUGGAAAUACGAGACCUUUCUCGGCAAGGUGCAUAACACUCUGGUAAUUAAAAUGACGAAAAGAGUUGGCGACUGCGAAUGGCUCGUAAUAUCAAUGGAUGAAAGAACUGAUAAGACUGGAUACUCUCCACCAAACAAAGUGGAUCAACCUGCCUGCAUGGAUACCCCCCCUCUGCCCUCAAAGAACGUGAGUCAAUUUCACACAGCGUCACCUAGUAUGUCGUCGGUGAAAUCCAGGCCACCACCACCCAGCCUAUUUGGGGAGCCCUCCUCUUCCCCGCUGCUUGAUCCUGCGAGUGGCGUAUUUUCUGAUCAAUCAAGUGCCGUUGUGAGUUCCAGAUCAUCAUCGGAUACAAAUUCUUUUUAUGUCCACGGAAGACCUCAUUCAACCGCGGUUUCCCCCGACGUUAAGAAGGACGCCGACAAACAUGUAUGGAAUAUCUCACUACAAGACCGAUCCCGUAGACAGUCUAAAGCUGCGAACUCCCCUCACACGGGAAUACUAACCAGUACUUCACCUCUUGCGACUCAUGAGUCGAAAGAUGAGGGUGUCAACCUCGAGUCACUAACGAUAACGGAGGAUGUAGCUGAGGAAGGUUUAGAUCCAAAUAUGGCUGAAGCUAAAGAUGCGGGCUCUGGCAGUGAAGGAAAUCCCAUGCCGAACGAAGGAAAUGAGACCGAUAACGCUGGCGUUACCACACUAGAAAGAUUGGCUGACACGUUCAAAAUUGAUAGGCAGAGAGGGUGCUCAGGGGACCACGAUGAAUCAGGCGAACACUCUGGGUCUCAAACCGCGGCCGAAACCGACACUUUGGGAACAUCCGACGAGACCAAUAUAUCGAACGAAAAGGAGAAUGCUUCCAAAACAAGCGUAGUCGAGGCCAGCCGCUCCACAUCGCUUCGGCUGCCUAAGUUCGUUGCUCAACAGGAAGGGGAAGCAGUAUCGACGCCAAUCAACCAAUGCUCACCGGCAGGGGUACCCCUUAUGCUAGCCAAAAUACAAAAUCCAUCAGUUGCCUCUCUCGGAGAUACCACUGCCGUGGGACAGAACGCAGACACCACAGUAGAUACCGUUGACACGACUCGUGUCAGUGACGAAGACGCUCAGGACAAGGUUAUAGGGUCAGAUAUCCCUCACGACUCCAAAGUCCUGGAAGCGCUAUAUCAACGUAAAGCGGACCAAGACGAGCUCACUGAGGAUCUGCUGAAUGAUUUUCUGGAGCAUUACCAGACUCUAAGCAGAGAGCCACUGGAUUCUUCCGAUGACGGACCCACCGUUUUUGAGCAAGUAAAAGGUUACUUUGAAAGCGGGAAAGGUACAUCGCCACCGCAGCCUCUUGGUGAACAGGAAGCUGGAAACAAAAGUGAAGCAACACAGGCCAACGAUAAAUCUGUCUCCGACUUGAGCAAAAUCGGAUCGAUCACAUCCAAGAAUGGCACUUGGUUCAGUUGUAAUGUGACGCCUCCCAAUCGAGUAUCUGAGAAAGUUAAAAAGCCCAUGAGCUUGAAAUCGACAACCCCGAUCAAACCAGCCUCAGACUACUCGGGCUACAACAGUUUCAAAAGCGGCAGUGUAGCUGAUUACGAGACCAGGUACGAAGAUGACGACGACGAUGACGAUUUAGACGACGAAUUGUACCGCAGCGCCACCAGCAAUACUAGUGAUAUGCCCGAACAGGAUGGGGUUUGGCUGGAGGCAACCACCAGUAAUCCCUCUUCGCCUAGCGAAUCUACGCCAACCCAGAUGAUGUUCCGGAACGUGAUGAUGAGAACCAAACGUAGCUUACGGAAUUUGAAGGCGGGUUACUGA